AUGGAGAACUACCAGAAGAUGGAGAAGAUUGGCGAGGGCACAUACGGAGUUGUUUACAAGGCGCGCGACCUCACCACGCCCGACAACCGCAUCGUCGCCCUCAAGAAGAUCCGUCUGGAAGCCGAGGAUGAGGGCGUGCCGUCGACGGCCAUCCGCGAGAUCUCGCUCCUCAAGGAGAUGAGUGACCCCAACAUCGUGCGCCUGUUCAACAUUGUCCACGCCGACGGCCACAAGCUGUACCUUGUCUUCGAGUACCUCGACCUGGAUCUGAAGAAGUACAUGGAGGCUCUGCCCGUCUCGCAAGGAGGCCGUGGCAAGCCCCUGCCCGAGGGCUGCAUGGACGGCCGCGCUGGCCACAUGGGACUCGGCGAGGCAAUGGUCAAGAAGUUCAUGCACCAGCUGUGCGCCGGCAUCCGCUACUGCCACGCCCACCGCAUCCUCCAUCGCGACCUAAAGCCGCAGAACUUGCUCAUCGACAAGGAGGGCAACCUCAAGCUCGCCGAUUUCGGUCUGGCUAGAGCCUUUGGUGUGCCGCUGCGCACCUACACUCACGAGGUAGGCGUCGACAUGUGGUCCGUUGGCUGCAUCUUUGCCGAGAUGGCCACUCGCAAGCCUCUCUUCCCCGGCGACUCUGAAAUCGACGAAAUCUUCAAGAUCUUCCGCAUCCUCGGUACUCCCAAGGAGGAGGACUGGCCCGGUGUCACCAGCUUCCCCGACUUUAAGCCCAGCUUCCCCAAGUGGUCGCGCAACCCCGACGACGACAUCAUCAACCACGACGGCGCAAGAGUCCUGGGCGAGGACGGUAUCGACCUUCUCGAGUCGCUGCUCAUCUACGACCCUGCCGGCAGAAUCUCAGCAAAGCAGGCCUGCCUACACCCCUACUUCAACGACUCAAAGUACUACGGCGCACGAAACGGCUACCACUGA